UAUCAUCAGACAGCUGAGCGCACGCACUCCCCAAGCUGCAAGCUGGCAACUCUAUAUCUUGCAAGUUACAUUCAAAAAUUCGAAGCUUGUCUCUUUCAAUUCGAUCCCCCCCCAUCUUUCACUGUCUUCCAGAAUCCUGUAAAAGAAAAAUGUCCAUCAAUUCUCUCUUAGCCGGCGCUCUUCGCGGCUCAGUAAGAGGCGCUACCAUCGCCUCCGGCACCCAAAGAACCUUUACCACUACCCGCACCAGAUUGAAUGCACCGAACGAUCCAUCGUCUAGUGCCUACCGAGACGGCAUGGCCCGGUACAAACUCUUCAUCGGCCCCUUUGCCAAAGUCUUCCUGGGCGCCGUCUUCACCUUCCAGGUCCUUCAUUGGACGUGGUUGAAGCUCGAGAUGGAUGAAUCCAAGUAUGAGAAGAAUAAGGAAGUCACUGCUCUUGAGGAAAAGGCUCGGGAGUUGACAGGCACGCAGAAAAAGAUGUAAAUGCUUGCAUACUUGAGUAUUCGGGUCUUGACUGGAUCUUACUGGAAUAGUUAAUGGCGUCGUGUUCCUUGCUAUCGAUUGUACUCUAUCCACCUGCAUCUGCCAUUGUAUAUACCCCAUGCAUCAAUGUCGCUUCCUACAUGGAAAUGG